GCCAAUAGGCACCGAGAAGGCGGGGCUACGCGAUACCCACGUGUUGCUCCAUGGCUCAGGUGUUUCUGAGGGUCCUGGAUGAGCUCCUGGACACCAGCCAUGUGAGGUGUGACCCUGGGCUGUCACCACCUGGACCAUCACACCACCCAACCCCCCAGGACAGGGAGUCCUCCAUCACUGGCCCCCAGGGGCCUGGCUAUGUCUGCUCUGCUCUCUGUGGCCCUCAGGGGCCCCCACUGUUACUCAUUGGACCCCAUGAUUGCGGGAAGACAGCUCUUCUCUUCCUGGCCGCUGUUGUGGCUGCUGAGGAAGGUGCUGGGCCUGUGAUCUACCUGUCCAGAGACCCCCUGCAGAAACUACCUGGAGCAGGCAAGCUAGCAAGGGACCCACUCAUACUCAAGCAAAUCCGCUUUCUCUACCCAAAAACACUGGAAGAUCUCCUGCAACUCCUUUCUUCCCUUCAUCUUACAUCACCCUCUCCCUCCUUUCUUUUGUUGGAUGGGUUGGAGCAUUUUCUGCCUCCGGGUUGUAGCCCUACUGAUGGGGCUUUCCUUUCCGCCCUUCUUCUGGACUCUUCCACAAACCUUCGUUGCGGCCUUCUGGUGUCUGCAGUUCCCCCGUUGGAGGUAGUUGAUGGGGUGUUUAUGACUGUUGAGAGAUACUUUCCAAACCAGUGCCACCUAUCUCCAGAGGUGUCAACAGACGUGGAGCAGAAGAAGUAUAGUAUUGCCUACUUGAACAAUCUCCCAGAACGGUUUCUUCAAAUCCAUCAGGAUGGAACCCUCAGGAUCUUCAACAACCAGCCAAACAAACAAACGCAUAGAACCCAAUGGACAGAAAAUAAGGUGCAGCAGAUACCACUGAAACGGUCAUCAGAACAUUAAUAAACUAAUUUUGCUGGAAGGACCACAUUGUACCAUUUAUCUACUUCUAUUUUUUCAUUAAAAUUAUUUUCAAUAACUCACAUAAGGUGCAUAUAUUUUAUGUAAUGUGUAACUUUUGGGAUCUAUUUGCAGGAUACAGCAGACUACAUAUACCGAAUGAAUACUUACUACUUCCCAUACGCAAGACCAAAAUGGUUAAACUAGAAAAUAUUUCUCAAAUCGGCUUUUUUCAGUUUAGUGAGUAACCCUGACAGUCCAUUUCAAUGCUAAUGCAUACGAUGGCAUAUAAACUACCCAGUAGCCUGUUAUUUACUUAACUAGAAAUUGUCUUGUUUCUGCCAAUGGAGAUGUAAAUAGUUGUGAAUUCCUUUAUUGUGAUUUGAAUGAGAAA